UAAUAAUACUUUCCUAUUUUUCCUCCAUAUCUUUUGUAUCAGGAAGUCUUCCAUAUCUUAGAAGCUUUUAGCCUACCAAGUAUUUUAACCUCACUGAACCUUGAAAACCAUUAAUUUUUUCAGGGUAAACCAACUAACCUAUUCAUGUCAGCUAUGCCUCAAUUCUUUUCUAGAUUACAAGCUUGCUAGAGAAGCAAUUCAUAUUCAGUUUAAUUCUAAGUUAGCAGACCUUCCAUGAAAACACGAUGUUACAGAUGUGGCUUUGUGGAUAUAAUCAUAUGUCUUAUUGCUGGUACUGAUUCGGUAUCUGCUUAAUCUUUACUGCUACCCUGUGCCAGUUUCUGAAGGUUUAUUUGGUUGAUUUCUGUUUUCUUUACUUGUACUUUCUGUCUUUCAGUGGGAGUUAUGGAUAAUGUAUAUAUGUAAGUAUUAUAUAUGGUAUAUAUAAAAUAUAACUAUAUAUACAUAAACAUAUAUAAUGAGGAUCUUUGCUUUUCUGCUGAUGAUUAUUCCAGUAAUAGGGUCAAAGAACCAAGUUUCAAAAUGAAAAGACAAUUCAAUCCUCUAUUAUUUGUUGAUACCUUCUGUAUGCAAAGACAGAAAUGCUAUGGAAAGUGUCUCUGCAAAGGGUGUACAUUUCCAGGAAGGUGGGGGGACAUAAGACACAACCAUCACAAAACUCAUUUUAGGCACAGUGCAAAAUGACCGGUAUAAACAAUCAAUGGGAAUUCUGGAAUAGGAAAAAACAUUCUGACUUGGGAUGGCUAGGGAAAACUUCCUGGAGGAAUUGAGACUUAUUUAUGAUCAUGUAGGAUGUAUGGUAAAUGCGGUAUCUCAGAUGGGUAGAAAAAUAAGCAAAAUUGUGGAAUGGACAGCAUUGUACAAAUAUGAGGGCCAAUGGAUCAGAUUGUGGAGGGUCUUUAGUGUUUUUUCAAAAGCUGAUAUUCCUUGGAACCAUUUUAUUUUAUCAAGCAUGGAACAUAAAUAUUAGGGCUGGAAAAUCUUUCAUAGUUUUACUGACAUGAAAAAGAACCCACCAUAUCAAUGAACCUGUGUCUUUAUAUAUUACAUCCAUGCAUGCUAUUAACCUCAAUGUUCUCUUUAUAUUUCAGACAUUAGUCUCCUACCAUGGGGGAUUGGAACUUAUUGGGCGGCAUCUUAGAGGAAGUUCACUCCCACUCAACCAUAGUGGGGAAAAUCUGGCUGACAAUCCUCUUCAUUUUCCGAAUGCUGGUACUUGGUGCAGCUGCCGAAGAUGUCUGGUAUGAUGAACAAUCAGCGUUUGCCUGCAACACCCAACAGCCAGGUUGCAACAAUAUCUGUUAUGAUGAUGCUUUCCCUAUCUCUUUAAUCAGGUUUUGGGUUUUACAGAUCAUCUUUGUGUCUUCUCCCUCUCUGGUGUAUAUGGGCCAUGCCCUUUAUAGACUCAGAGCCUUUGAAAAGGAGAGGCAGAAGAAAAAGUCGCACCUUAAAGAUCACAGAGAGAAGCCAGGGCUUGAAUUGGAGGAGCAACAAAGGAUAGAUAGAGAACUGAGCGGGUUAGAGGAGCAGAAGAGGAUCCAUAAAGUCCCUUUGAAAGGAUGUCUGCUGCGUACUUACGUCUUACAUAUCUUGACAAGGUCUGUGCUGGAAGUAGGGUUUAUAAUAGGCCAAUAUAUUCUCUAUGGGUUUCGAAUGCACCCCUUCUACAAGUGCACUCAACCUCCAUGCCCCAAUGCAGUGGAUUGCUUUGUAUCCAGGCCCACAGAGAAGACCAUUUUCAUGCUCUUUAUGCACAGCAUUGCAGCUGUUUCUUUGUUCCUUAAUGUACUAGAAAUAUUUCAUCUAGGAAUUAGGAAAAUCAUGAGGGCACUCUAUGAAAAUCCCAGCAAGGAGGGCAUUGAGGAUGAAAGGGGCCCUCCAUUCCAUUUCAAAAAAUAUUCAGUGGUCCAGCAGUGUAUGAUUUGCUCCCCCUUGCUUGAAAGAACCCCUGUGCUUCAAGCCAACAGUCAACAGCAAAUUAUUCUAGUAAAUGUGCCAAAGUCUAAAACCUCGUGGCAAAUCCCGCAGCCCAGGCAACUUGAGGUAGACCCUUGCUGUAGUAGAAAAGACUGGACUGGGGAGGAUCAGCACAGCGGACAGCUCCAUGUUCAUAGCCCAUGUCCCCAGCAUGGCUGUGCUAAAAUUCAGCACUCGGGACAGCACCCAGACCUUUCCUCCUUUGGCCUACAAAAUACAAUGUCCCAGUCCUGGCUAGGUGAAACAACGGCUCCCAGGCACUGUCCAUCCUAUGCAAUAGGAACCUGGGAGCAGUCCUAUGACCUGCAACCCUCAGAGGAGCCGCUCACGGAUUUUCACAAUCACUGCAGAGACAGCAAUGGCAGCAUGAGAGAGAGUGGGGUCUGGACAGACAGAUCUUGCUCGGGCAGUCGCAAGGCCAGCUUUCUAUCCAGAUUGCUGUCUGAAAAGGGACAGCUGCGCAGUGACUCAGGAAGCUCCCAUUCUCAAGGUAGCUCUAGCUUGGACAUUCUGCACCAGGAAAACAGCCCCACACUUCUGCCUUCAGCUACUGGGCACAGAACAUCCAUGAGCAUGCUUCUAGAACUUUCAUCUAUUAUGAAAAAAUAAUGCAUGUCUGGGGCCAGAAAAAAGAACACAGGAGCAGUGGCAUCUACAGGAGAAAAGUUGUACCUUGUCAGCUCAAACUGCAGGAAGAACUGCGGGAGCCAUCCCCUCCACAGAGACACUUGCCAGGCAAUGAGUGUGUAUAGGGUGCUCCCAGCUGGGCUCGCCCAACACGGUAGGCCCUUCCCUGAUGGGAUAGGGUCACCCUCUCACUCCACCUGGCCUCACUGGCUGAGGCAGCUCUGAGGCUCAAGCAGGGAUCAGGCGGGGACAAAGUGGGCGCCACCGGAAAAAAUCUAAGGGUAAGAGCUGCUUUGGAUUGGGAUUUGGCUACCCUUCCCCCACCUUGCAGCCCAGUGAGACGUAUGGCCAAGAGAGCACCUCGUUCUGCAGUGGUGGCAGCAGCAGUUUGAACCCUCGAACAUGGGUCCAGGGCAGGGCGGGAGCUUCCUGUUUGUAAAGAAGAUGUUGAUGAGAAACUUUUUGUUCUUUUCCUCACAUCAGUUCAUGUCUUGGGGAUGAACCAGCUGGAUUUUUGUUCAUAAAUGCCAUGACAUAAAAUAUUGAUUACAAUACUGGCAAACACUCAAGGUGCAUGAUUUUAUUUUAUCCUUCUGUUGGGAUC